CGAAACCGAAAAUGAUGGAGCCAAAGGAAAAGAUGGGAAGAGGAAAGAUAGAGAUCAAGAGGAUAGAAAACACUACGAACAGGCAAGUCACCUUCUGUAAGCGUCGUAAUGGCCUCCUCAAAAAGGCUUACGAGCUUUCCGUUCUCUGCGAUGCUGAAGUCGCCCUUGUCAUCUUCUCCAGCCGUGGCCGCCUCUACGAGUAUGCCAAUAACAGUGUAAAGGGAACGAUCGAGCGAUACAAGAAAGCUAGUGCUGAUAAUUCCAAUUCAGGAUCAAUAUCUGAAACAAAUGCUCAGUAUUAUCUGCAAGAAGCCUCAAAACUUCGUCAGCAAAUCACCAACUUACAGAACUCAAACAGGAAUCUGAUGGGCGAGGCUUUAAGUACUAUGAGCUUAAGGGACCUCAAGCAACUGGAAACAAGACUAGAGAAAGGCAUCAACAAAAUCAGAUCUAAAAAGAAUGAAUUGUUAUAUGCUGAGAUUGAGUACAUGCAGAAGCGGGAGAUGGAACUGCAAAAUGAUAACAUGUACCUCCGAAAUAAGAUAGCUGAUAAUGAAAGAACACAGCAGCAGCAACACAUAAACAUGAUGCCAUCAACAAGCACUGAGUAUGAAGUCAUGCCUUCCUUUGAUUCCAGAAACUUUCUACAAGUAAAUCUAAUGGAUCCCAGCCAUCACUAUUCUUUACAACAGCAGACUGCCCUCCAAUUAGGGUAUAUAUGA